UCUGCUGACGAACCACUGCCAACUGUCAAAAUUAACAGAAAGCUGCCUGCCUUCUGGUUCACAUUUUAGCCGUUAUCCCGGGUUCUUGCAGGAAGUAUGGGUCGUGGAUAUAUAGUAGAAGAGGCUGUGGAGGGGUAUCUGUCUAAACUAUGUCAACAACAAGCAGGUCCAGUCACAGGCCUGCUUAUUGGACAGAGCUCAGCCCAAAGGGAUUUUGUCAUCAUGGCAACGCGGACGCCCCAAAGGGAGGAGUCUACGGCAGCGACUGGAAACUCUCUGGAUAAGGAGUGGGUGACUGAGCAUGCCCGACAGGUGUCCAGGAUGCUGCCCGGAGGCUUAUCAGUACUUGGAGUCUUCAUCAUCACUGAUACCGAUGGCAAGGACACACUAACCACAGUCCGACAGGUCACUUUCGCAGUGGAGAACCUGAUCUCAUCGGAGCACCUGUGGAUCCCUGCAGAUGACGACGUCACAGACUGUGUCGCCCUGCACGUCAACCCCAAAACCAGGAAAACCGUCUGCAGAACCUUUGACGUCAAAGACCCCAAGAGCGUGGCCAAGCCAGCAGACUGGAGGUACCAGUCAGGUGUGUGUUCCUCCUGGACCACAGUGUCAUGUUGUCUAAAUGUGGACAUGUUGGUGCCACUACCAAACAACAGAACCAAUGCAGAAAACAUGGAUGCAUGUCUCAAGGGGGGACUGGAAGCGUGGGCGAACCAGAUUAUGAGUGGAGUUUGUCUGAUUGAUGGAAAAAAGCUGCUGGACGACACAGAGCUGUCAGCAGGACAGAAGAGGAAUGUGAGACAGACGUACACAACUCAGCUGCUCAUCUCACCGGACGAACAGGGGCCAACGGAUGUGGUCCAUCGGUGCGGAGGCGGUGUGUCAGUCAGGGGAACGAUCCACAGCAGAGCUUACCUACACAGCAACAAGCCAAGGGCCAAGCUCGCUGAGAAGCUGCUGAAGAGGGAUGUGGUUUCUACGGUGGCCACAAGGGUUCAAAUGCUUCUGGAGGAGCUGCUGACAUCAGAGGAGGAAAGCAAGAGCAGCAGAGACAAGCAACAGAGUGAGCAGUUCUGCCUCCCGCGCCGUGUCUUCUGUCCUGUAAAAGCACCCGGGCCUGUGUGUGUGUGCGACUACCACUUCAGUGACGAGGGCCUGUCUGAGGUGACUGAUCGGCUGAAGGAGAUGCUGGAUGUCGAUGCGGCAGAGGAAGACUUAGACACCAAGCAGGAAAUGACUGCUGAAAUCACAGAGAAGAACACUAUUACAGCAGAGCCAGCUGUGGAAUCUGACGAAGUGCUGGAACCCAAGAGGAACAACUACACUGGUGUGGCCAUCGGUGCUGCUGUCGCUCUGCUCGCCACCGCUGCCUCGAUGCUCUAUCUCAAUGAUGUCUGACACAUAUCGAAAUAAAGUGUUUUGUUUUGAACAUA